UAUAUAUUAUAGGACAAUAUAUAAUUUCUUCAUCUUCCAUUCAUAUAUAAAAUAAGAACUUUUUUAAAAGAAACGAAAAAAAAAAAACCCUUCACAGUGUUAAUAGCUUAGCUAAUGGAGGAUAAUCCCAAGAAACUUGGAAUCAGAAGAAUAACAAGAGAUUUCCCACCAGCUCAUUUCUUAUUUAAAGUUGAAGCCUUCUCUUUGUUGGCCAAAACAGGUGUUGAAAAGUAUGAAUCUGAUGCUUUUGAAGCUUCGGGUUACAAAUGGAGAUUGUCAUUGUACCCAAACGGAGACAAUAAAAGCAAUGGAAAUGGCUUCAUCUCCCUUUACUUAGUAAUAGAGGAAACAGAAAAUUUACCUCUAACAUGGGAAGUCAAUGUCAGCUUCAGGUUAUUUGUGCUUGACCAGAUUCGAGACAAGUACUUAACCAUUGAAGAUGGUGAUGGAGCAGUGAAGAGAUUUCACUGGAUGAAAACUGAAUGGGGCUUCGCUCAACUUAUCUCCCUCGACUCAUUUAACGACACAUGCAAUGGGUACCUUGUUGGUGAUUGUUGCAUAUUUGGGGCAGAGGUAUUCCCAUUGGCACGCAAUUGUAAAUGGGAAUGCCUUUCCAUGGUUAAACAACCUGAAGACAACACCAUAAUUUUCAAGAUGGAUCACUUCUCCAAAUUAGACAGGAAGUAUUACGAAUCUUCUGUUCAUACAAUUGGGGAUUCAAAAUGGAAAUUGACAGUUUACCCAAGGGGAAAUGUGAAAUUCAAAGGCAAAGCUCUAUCAGUGUUUUUAGAGCUAGUUGAAGCUAAUAAGCUUCCUCCUAAGCGGAAAGUCUAUGCAGAAUACAAGCUACGAGUAAGGAACCAAAUGAACGAUAAUCACAUGGAAUUUUCAGUUGAACGUUGGUUUAGUGCAACAAGUGUUAACUGGGGUUACCCACAGUUCAUGACGCUCAAGGUUCUUCAUGACCCAUCCAAAGGCUAUAUCGUGUGUGAUAGCGUAAUUGUGGAAGCAGAAAUUAACCUGGUUUCUCAAGUCAAGCGUUUCUCAUGAAUUAUUUCUUUUAUUUAUUUAUUUAUGAAAAUUUAAAUGGUAGUUGAAGGUGAAAUUGCUGUCACUUUUAUGACCAGAUUUCUUCAUUACUGAGGAUGAUGCAUUGUUACCAUGUAUUGCACUUGACAACUUGGAUUUUAUCUGUCUAUUUCUCAGCUUACCAAUUUAUUUAUCUAAUGAAUAAUACCA